GGGAUUGCAAUCCUCGGCAGGUGUGAUCUACACCAUGCUCAGCUAGUGAGAGCACGGGCCUUCCCUAUAUAGGAUCUGAACCCGCAGCCUUGGCGCUACCAGCGCUGCACUCUCCCGAGUGAGUCAUGGGGCCAGCCCUCAAGUGGCUAUUUACACCAUGCUCAGCUAGUGAGAGCACGGGCCUUCCCUAUAUAGGAUCUGAACCCGCAGCCUUGGCGCUACCAGCGCUGCACUCUCCCGAGGACCUCCAAGGUGUUCCUCCCUUCAAGCGCCAAUCAUGCUGCUCUCAGGACAUGAAGGGGAAGUGUACUGCUGCAAGUUUCACCCCAAUGGAUCCACCUUAGCCUCUGCGGGAUUUGACCGACUGAUAUUGUUAUGGAAUGUCUAUGGCGACUGUGAUAAUUAUGCCACAUUGAAGGGACAUAGUGGAGCAGUGAUGGAACUGCAUUAUAACACAGAUGGCAGUAUGCUCUUCUCAGCAUCCACAGAUAAGACUGUGGCGGUGUGGGAUAGUGAAACAGGCGAGAGGGUUAAAAGGCUGAAGGGACAUACUUCCUUCGUGAAUUCCUGUUAUCCAGCCAGGAGGGGCCCCCAGCUUGUCUGCACUGGCAGUGAUGAUGGUACAGUUAAGCUUUGGGACAUCCGGAAGAAAGCAGCCAUCCAGACAUUUCAGAACACGUACCAGGUGUUAGCUGUGACCUUCAAUGACACAAGUGAUCAGAUUAUUUCUGGUGGAAUCGACAAUGAUAUUAAGGUCUGGGACCUGCGCCAAAACAAGCUAACCUACACCAUGAGGGGUCAUGCAGAUUCAGUGACUGGCCUGAGUUUAAGUUCUGAAGGCUCUUAUCUCUUGUCCAAUGCAAUGGACAAUACAGUGCGUGUCUGGGAUGUCCGGCCAUUUGCCCCCAAAGAGAGGUGUGUGAAGAUAUUUCAAGGAAAUGUGCACAACUUUGAAAAGAAUCUUCUGAGAUGUUCUUGGUCACCUGAUGGAAGCAAAAUAGCAGCUGGCUCAGCCGACAGAUUUGUGUAUGUAUGGGAUACCACAAGCAGGAGAAUAUUGUAUAAGCUUCCUGGCCAUGCAGGCUCCAUCAAUGAAGUGGCUUUUCACCCCGACGAGCCCAUCAUUCUCUCAGCAUCCAGUGACAAGAGACUGUAUAUGGGGGAGAUUCAGUGAAGAUGUGGAAUGGAAGACUCCAAGGCUGCUUGACUUUGAGACUUCAGACUGCAUAAGUGGCGUCAAAUGUUACCCAGGCUAGCUUCCUCCCUUCAGAUGACCAUUACUAGCAAGAAACAGAGGAGGCAAUGACCAUAUUUCAACAACCACUUGUAUCCCAUUUUGCCAGGAUGAUUAAGGCAAGCUCCCAGUGGCCUCUAUGAAAACUAUCUGCCAGAUUUCAGGGACUGGUUUUUUUCCUUUUUUUUCUUUUUUUUUCAGAUAGGGUUUCUUCAGAAGGACAGAUAUUGGUUUGUAGUUUCCUAUUUUCUAAUCCAAGCUGGAGAUGGGGAACGUGACUGAAACUUGUUUUUUUGUCAUCUUUUUUUUAUUCAGUAACAGGCUUGUAUGAUAUUUUCUUUCUGUGUAUCUGAGUCAUUUUGUAUUAAAAGCCAAAUAG